AUUUUCCCCGCCUUGCGCCUGUGUGGCGUGCGUAAAUCCUCCCUCCCUUUCUCUUUCUCCUUCAUUUUCUCUCUCCUCUCCUCCUUCUCCCAUUACCAGAACUACAUAACAUAACCUUAGAUUCCCUCUUGGACUUUUUCUCAACCAAAAUUCAUUUGUACAUAGAUUCCUUUUUCUCUCCUCUCCAAUGGCGGAAAUUUCUGCUCUAUCUUUCACAUCUUCAUUCUCAACCAUUUCUCCAACUUUCCGUCAUUACUCUCACUCUCAUUCUCUCUCCUCCUCCUCCUCCACAACAUUCUCUCCUAUCACUAACUUUCAUCAUCAAUCCUUCUCCUUCUUCCUAUCACCUUCUUCUUCGUCUCGCUUUUUUCGCCUCUCUGCUAAACCUUCUUCUUCUGAUGAUCACUUUGACUUUGAUUAUGGAUCUUACCCUUGGGAUUCUCAAUCCGUUGACGCUGAUUCUGGUAUCCAGUGGGUUCGUGAGGACAGAAUCACAAUGUUUACUACAGAUGGGCUCGUUCAACUUGGAGGUUCUCUGGUUCCCCGGCGCAUUUCUCCAUCGGAGAAAACUCAGGGUAAGGUGAAAUUUCCUCCAAGGUAUCAGCGCUUUCAGGAGAGCGAUUACAUGGAUCCAAACCAAAGCCUCUGUUUAGGUGCACUUUUUGAUAUAGCAGCAACAAAUGGGCUUGAUAUGGGUAGAAGGCUUUGCAUCAUUGGGUUCUGUCGUUCAAUCGAGAUGCUUAGUGAUGUCGUUGAGGACACUGUCCUCGAACAAGGAGGAGAGGUUGUAGCCGCUGAGAAAGGAACGAAAGGAGGGUUGCAGGAGAAGCUGAGUAUGACUGUUGCAGUGCCACUGCUUUGGGGUGUCCCGCCUGCUUCCGAGACACUCCAUCUUGCUGUCAGAAGUGGUGGAGGGAUAGUGGACAAGGUAUUUUGGCAGUGGCACUUCUUGUAAAUAAGCUGCUGACUGGUUUGGUCUGACCUAUAUAUAGUGCAUUCUGUACAUAAAACUCUAGAAUUGGUAUAAAUCUGCAAGUGUACAUUUGUAAACCAUACAGUCUAACUGUCUUAAACAUUGACAGUAAUUUGAUCAUUGUUGUUGCUAA